AUGAUGAAAUUUACUAAGCAGAAUUUUUAUUUUUUAGUUGGUGGAAUUAUAAUUUAUAUAGUUGAUAUUGGAGUGGACUUCUGGGUAGCUAGUAAAUAUUUCUAUCAAGGACAAUAUUGUUGGGGUAUAUUAAUACUGUGUUUUAGAGGUCUUUCAUCAUUAAUAACUCAGGUAUUCAGUUAUGAGUGGUUUAAAAAUGACUGGGAAGGUACUGGUACUGGGAAGCUGAAAUGGAUUUUUCUAGUUCAUCUCUUUCAGUGUGGAAUUUUUAUAAGGUAUUGGUUUGCUUUGAAGUAUGGCUGCCAAGCUGCAUUUAAACAAAAAAGCAGCGGAGAUGCACCAGAAACAGACCCUCCCAACUUCAUUCAAAAACAAGCCAUUGAUGUAGUGACUGAUAUUAACAUGCUCAGGGUAUUCAAGACUUUUCUUGAGACCACACCACAGCUUUUUGUGCAGAUUUACACCCUCAUGGAUCAUGGCAAAAAUAAUUUCUGGCAAUAUGUUGCCAUUAUUAUGUCUUUUUGUGGUAUCUCCUUUUCAACGGUUGAUUAUCAGAUAUCAUUACGAAAAUCUCUGCCUGAUAAAGAUGAAUUUCGUGUGCUUCCCAAGUUAGUAUACCUAUUCUAUAAACUGCUUACCAUCACUUCUUGGAUACUCAGUAUUUCACUGAUCACUCUACUACAUGUUCGAAGUUCUGUAAUUCUGCUGAUAUUUCUUUGGAUCUGUGGCUUCAUCUGGACUUUGAAACAACAUACGACAUUUUGUAAGUCUAAGAAGAUGGAAUAUCUGUACAGAACUGUUGUUGGAAUAAUUCUAAUUUUUACCUUUUUUAACAUAAAGGGGAGAAAAACAAAAGUUUGCAUUUCUAUUUAUUAUGCUACUCAUACUGUUGUAACCUUAGGUAUUUUGUUUGUAUAUAUGUUCUGGAAACCUUCCAUUAUCAAGGAAAUACAUUUUACCAUUGUGAGCAUCCUAACUGUUCUUAGUCUGGUGUUAGGUAUUAUUUUUCUUGUUGCUUAUUACAGGCAUUUUCACCCCACUGCUUAUUGCAGACCACAGGCAUGUUCAGAUGAAGUUGAUGGAGAGGCAGGACAAAAAGAUAGCGUGGAAAUUAGUAGAUUUCAGAAUUUCAUAAUGCAAUGA